UUAUGCGUAGGGUGCAAAUUUGGCGCAUGUGACGCACGUCUUAUCUAAUGACAACUUAAUUCUUAAUACGCACCAUUUGACUCGAUGCAACACAAGAUUAUGAGCUGGAACGUAAUAUUCGUAAAAAUAUGUUUGCUCGCGUGGGCAGUUUUUAUCCAGUAUUGUUCUGGUGCUAAUCAGUGCCCAGAGGUUGCAUCAUCUGUUGGCACCGAGUUUCUGUUCGGAGUUAUCGGAGGCCCAAGUUCCACCAGCAGCCAGACCCUCUACAUCCAUAUCACAGCAAUGACAGACACACCAGCUAAAGUUAGAAUUACCUCCCCUUUCAACAACUUCGACAACCAAUACACAGUUUCAAACUGGACUAUUCAAUCCAUGUCAUACACUCACAUUCAAACAGGAACGGGAAGUCAGUUUAAGGGGAUUGAAAUCAACUCUGAUGUUAAUAUCUCCGUGGCAGUGUUCCCCGCGUACAGCGAUUAUACGGAAGGCUUUCUCGUUCUUCCUACAGCAGCCUUAUCUACAAGAUACGUAGCAGCUUCCUAUCAUCCGUCUAGUUAUAACAAUGAAAUUCUUGUCGCUGGCGUCGACAGCAAUUCGGAUAUUUCAAUCAACUAUACAACAAACGGGAAAAGCUACUCAACUCAAAACGUACGUCUUCAGAAAUUUGAAACGUACCAGUUAGCCGUCAGCCGCGAUGUAAGCGGCGCCGUUAUUACAAGCAAUAAACCAGUCGCAGUGUUUUCUGGUUCUGCGAACAGCCAGAUACCUGUUGGCAUUGGAGGCACAGAAUAUAUUGUCGAGCAAAUGGUUCCCACAAAGUAUUGGAGCACACAGUUUAUAGUUCCCCCAAUAUAUCCCCAUAACUACUUUAUUGUCAAAGUUUUUGUCGAAGAAGACAAUACAGAAAUACAUUAUUACAAUAGCACAAAGCACUUUGCAGCUUACAUGGACCAGGGAGAACAUGUGGAAAUAUUAUUUGGUUCAGAUCCAACAGUUAUUCUUUCCAACAAGCCGAUUUAUGUUGUUCAGUAUUGCCUGGAUAAUGAAAAUAUGUAUGGCCAACCGUUUAUGACAAUCUCACAAGGCCUUUCGCAGUAUGAGAGCAUGUACAAAUUUGUGACAGAGCUGUAUAGUGGCCAGGCAAGUACAGUCGCAAUAACAAUAAAACGAAAUAAUUCUAGUGGACUUUUGUUGAACGGAAAAACUAUGGCGUCGUGGAGUGCGAAAUCAAUCCCAGUAGCACAUCCAAUGGAUGAUUAUGUAACAAUUUUUGUAAAUGUAUCUUACAACAGUUUAUACCGUCUACAUCACACAGGCGGGAUGAAAUUCGGAGCCACGUUGUACGGAAGGCUCUCUAACAGCUACGCCUACGGAUAUCCGCUACAGUUGUCUUUACCUAAUGCGGAUUGCACAAUUGACCACAAUAUCAGUCCAACAAGUGGUCCGAUCUAUCCGUAUACAGAUAGCAGUCAUGGUAGCCAUGGAAACUACAUAACAGGAAAUGGAACUUGGUGCUUCCAGUGUGAUAACAUGUCACAUCUACAAUACUGCGAUACAGUCACACGAUGCCAGACGCAAGAUGAGAGUUGCUACGUUCAACGUUAUACGAGAAGCAAUAAGGUGCAUCUGUACAGAUCUGGGUGUAUGAAUAAAGAUGCAUGCCAAAGCUACGCUGAUCAAGUGCAGUGUCAAGAAUGUUGCCAUGGUAGUUUCUGCAACGUUGUUGGAUGUGGUGAUGACGGUCUCCCAAACUUUGACAGAAGAGGACCAUUUUGCUUUGAUUGUGAACAUCAAGGUGAAGAAGGUUGUCAAACAGUUCAGAUGUGUCGCCCUGAUCAGGUAUGCAAAAUUGAGAAGUAUGAAUGGGGUAGCAGCUACCAUUACAUCAUGGGAUGUGCUGAACAGCAGACAUGCGGUAGUAAAAGAGACGUACGUGAGACUCAUGCACGUCAUGCGCCGGUGUGUUCCCACUGCUGCCAUUCCGACUUCUGCAACAUGAAUUGCACCGCCGCACAUGCUCUACAAGUUGUCGCAUCCGUGGGAACAGAAUUCAUGUUUGGAGUUAUUGGAACAUCUAACACAAGCAUUCACAAUCUAUAUUUGGUUAUUGUACCAGUUACUAAUACAGCAGCUAACGUUAGAAUUACUGCGCCUUUUAACAACUACAAUCGACAGAUUUCCGUUACAAAUUCAAAAGUCAUCAAUUUAAGUAAUGCCCUCAUUCAAGUUGAAUCUGGGAGUCAGUUUAAAGGGAUAGAAAUCAACUCCGAUUCCAAUAUAUCCGUUGCAGUCUUACCGGCCUAUAGUUAUUAUACAGAGGGAUUUCUGCUUUUGCCUACCUCAGCAUUAUCCACCAGAUACGUGGCAGCCUCGUAUCAUCCUUACGGCAGCUACAACAGUGAAGUUCUCGUCGCGGGCGUGGAUAUCAACACUGAUGUUUGUAUAAACUACACAACAAAUGGUAUAAGUUACAAUACAAAAACAGUACGACUCCAGAAAUACGAGACUUAUCAGUUAUCAGCAAAUUAUGAUUUGAGUGGUACUGUUAUAUCAAGUAACAAGCCAGUAGCAGUAUUUUCAGGGUCCGCCUACAGUCAGAUUCCAGUUGGAGUCGGGGGAUCAGAGUACAUUGUUGAACAAAUGAUCCCGACUAAGUAUUGGACAAACAUGUACAUUGCUCCUCCUAUUUAUCCCCAUAACUACUUUAUAGUCCGGAUAUUUGCCGACGACAACAACACUGAAAUGCAUUACUACAACAGUACAAACCAUUUCACGGCUUACAUGAACCGAGGAUCAAAAUUAGAAAUCCUGUUUGGUUCAGACCCGGCGGUACUAAUUUCAAAUAAACCAGUUAGUGUUGUACAGUAUUGCACGGAUAAUGAAAACAUGUACGGAAACCCAUUUAUGACUACAGUACAAGGAAUAUCACAAUACGUCGACUCCUACAAAUUUAAAACGGAAUCAUAUGAUUCACUCGAUGGUGCUCUCGCUAUUACAGUAAACAAACACAACGCAAGCGGCCUGACUUUAAACGGAAGAUCAAUGUCAUCCUGGAAUGCAAAGACGAUUUCCGUCGCAUCUCCCAUGGAGGACUACCUAACGUUAUUUAUAAACGUGUCAUACAACACAUUCUUCAACCUUCAUCAUACUGGAGGAAUUAAAUUCGGAGCUACACUUUACGGUCUUCUAGGUGACUCUAUGGCGUUUGGUUAUCCUUUAAAGCUUGCUCUUUCCGGCCAAGAUUGUGCACAAAAUCCAGUGAGCACAAGUAACACCCCGGACUAUGCAAGAAGCACCCCGGUUUACAGCAGUAACCAUAGUGAUGGAAAUAAACAAGAAUAUGAUAUAGGAAACGGAACAUGGUGUUUUGAAUGCGAGGACAUGUUACAUAUCCAAUACUGUGAUAAAGUUACAAAAUGCCACAAUGAAAGCGAGGUGUGCUAUGUACAGAAAUAUACACGAAACCAAGGUUUACAUUUGUACAGAUCAGGCUGCAUUGGUAAAUCUGUAUGUCAAGCUGCCGAAGAUCCAUUACAUUGCCAACAAUGUUGCAACGGCAAUUUCUGUAAUAUAGUUGGAUGCGGAGACGACGCUCUUCCAACAUUCCACGAUAGAGGUCCUUUUUGUUUUGAUUGUGCCCACAAAGGAGAGAAUGAUAUAUGCCAGACGGUACACAUGUGUCGGCCAGACCAGGUGUGCAAAAUUGACAAAUAUGAGUGGGGAAGUGGAUUCCAUUAUGUAAUGGGCUGUGCCGAACAGCUGGAGUGUAAAUCCAAAAGAGACACCCGUUCCCAACAGGCUCGCUAUGCACCAGUAUGUUCCCACUGUUGUCACUCUGACUUCUGUAACUGUAACAUGAACUGCACAACUUCGCAAUUUCCGCAGAUUAUAGUACAGUUGAUGGAGUUUGCUUUGGUACAUGACUACACAUUUCUCUUUGGACUGGAAUCUGUUACACUAGAACAGCGACUGGUUGAUUACGCUGUCGUCGUGUGUGGAUUAUUUGCUAGAUCGUAUCCUAUUCUUCAAAAUUACCUCAAUACAGACGCACGACAGAGGCGUCUUGUGGCAACCAUAAAAUAUCUACCUGUGGCAGGUCCCGGUAUUGCUAUCUUUUCUGUUACUAUGGGACCAGGGAGUCGAUACAAUGUUAAGCCUGUGGUAAGUAGCGCAUUCCGUUACCACCAAUGA